AUGCGACUCCUGUGUAAUCAGAGUGGGGGACUUAUCUUUACUGUGGAGGAUUCAACUGUUCAAUCUUUCCUAGAAUCUACACUUUCUAGGGAAUUAGAAAUCAAAGGACUGAACUCAAUCUGGAUAAACUACAACAUAUCGACCAGGUCUACAUUUGAGGGCGUCAAGCAUAACUACACGCACUGGUCGGGGAUCCCGGGGUUCAGUGGGUGUGUCGGUAUAGCAGUAGGAGUAUAUGUUUAUACGUGGCAGGAUAUGAGCUGUACUGCUAACACUAACUAUGGAGUCUGUUAUAAGCCUUUAGACUGCCCUCCGAAUUCGACGGUCGUAUUGGAGCAUGGGAUCUGUUUCUGGACGACAACUGUCCGAAAGUUUGCGGUGGACGCCCACUUAGACUGUAUGACAGACGGCGGGGGUCUGGCAGUUAUACCAAAUGAAGAGGUCAGCAAAAUACUCACAAUUCACAGUGGACUGUUUAUCUAUGCAAAAAAUACGGAUGGUGAAGGAUUCCAUAUGUGGCUUGGGGUAAAUGACAUAUGUUCGGAGGGAAUGUACAAGACCUUUGAAGGCGAAAACGUCCAUUAUACAGGCUGGGCUUCUGGCGAACCCAGCGAUGAAAACAGAGCAACGGCUAACCAAGUUAACGAUUCAUCCAGCAGACCACCAAUACUGGACACAAACUGUCUAGAGUCUACAACAACUACUUCAAACGCUUCAAUAACAACUACCUUCAGUCCUACAAACACCAUCAAAACUUCGACCUUCAGUCCAACAAACACCAUGACAACUCCGACAGAAACGACAACAAACACCAUGACAACUCCGACAGAAACAACAACGAACACCAUCAAAACUUCGACCGAAACGACAACAAACUCCAUAACAACUCCGACAGAAACGACAACAAGCACCAUCUCAACUCCGGCAGAAACGACAACAAGCACCAUCUCAACUCCGGCAGAAACGACAACAAGCACCAUCUCAACUCCAACUGAAACGACAACAAGCACCAUCACAACUUCAACCGAAACGACAACAAGCACCACCACAACUCCGACAGAAACGACAACAAACACCAACAAAACUUCGACCGAAACGACAACAAACUCCAUAACAACUCCGACAGAAAUGACAACAAACACCAUCACAACUCCGACAGAAACCACUACAAGCACCAUCACAAUUCCGACAGAAACGACAACAAGCACCAUCACAACUCCGACAGAAAAGACAACAAGCACCAUCUCAACUCCAACCGAAUCGACAACAAGCACCAUCACAACUCCGACAGAAAAGACAACAAGCACCAUCUCAACUCCAACAGAAACGACAACAAGCACCAUCACAACUACGACAGAAACGACAACAAGCACCAUCUCAACUCCAACCGAAUCGACAACAAGCACCAUCACAACUCCGACAGAAAAGACAACAAGCACCAUCUCAACUCCAACCGAAACGACAACCCGUCCAACAACGACAACGGUCUCCGUCACUUCUACGACGGCUACAGUAACCACGGCAACGAACUCUUCCAUAAUAAUAUCAACUACACCUAAUCCUACGACGUCAGAGAUAACAACCGCGGAUACAACUCAGACAGUUGAAUCAUCAACGCAAAAUGCGAUGCCGUGUUUUUGCCGAUCCCAGUUCUUUCCUGCGAACGUCUCCGUUAAACAACUGGUUGAGAGCAUAAGAGAAGAAAUGUUGAUUGAUACCAAACUUACCUCCUCGUACAGACGAUCCUUGGUAUGUGCUGAUGAUCCGCGGCCAACGUCAAAGUACAUUGGUACAACCGCAGUCACAAUAAUGACUAUUCUGUGUUGCUGUUUUGUUUUUCCCGAUGUAGUCAACAUUUUCCGGGCCGUAGUUCAGUUUUACAAACGGACAACAUAGUUACAGAACAUACAAAACAAAUCCUUUUGAAACCCUCAAUGGAUAUAAUUGUCAGACUGGCGAACUGUUGAUUCUGUCGACUAAUCAAUGAUCUGCUCCUGUUGUUCUUUGCUCAGAGAGGUUGGAGGAAUGCACUGUCUGAAUGACAAAGAAAGAUAAACACCAGCGCUAU